AUUUAGUGUAACAUGAAUGUUUUUUUUUAUCAUUUUUGUACAAAGUAAAAAUCUGCGGUAUCUAAUGAUGAUGGUCCAAAAGGCACAACAGCUGGCCAUUAUUCGCGAUUUGUGCGAGAAAUCUUGGACGUUUUAGACAAGUACGACGAAAUGAAAGGAUAUUACUUCAUUAUGGAUAAUGCAAGAAUUCAUAAAGAGAUACAAGAUAUCCUCAAUAAGAGAAAUAGAGACUACAAAUGUGAAAAGCUCAAAGAUACCGAAAUCCUGCAAGAAAGAAUUGUUGAUGUUGCGAAUGAAGUUCCUAUUCAACAUUCAUGGAACCAGUUUGAUAACCGUUUGAAUCACAGUCCAAUUUCAAACAGCCAGAACGACUAUAGUUUAUUUCCAAUACUAUUUCAGACAUCACUGAUUUUUAUUUGUCAAGACACAUGGGAUAGCGAAGCUCUGUGUUUCUGUAGGAGCUUUUUUGCAUCCAUGCAUCAUCCUUGUUCAUUAUAAGUCAUGGCUACAGGUUUGAAAGGGUAUUAUUCUUCAGAAAGAGAAAAAGAAGAACCAUCAUGCCUUAGUCCAGACAAUGCCUGCUCUUCGCCAAACAACGAAGCUUCUCCCAU